CCCGGAAGCGUACUGAUCGGCUGCUCAGUUGAAUGACAGCGGGGAGAACGGGGACACCAGGACCAGACCUGCAUAGCUGAUCUACAUCUCGAUAUUUCUCAAGAAAACGUGAUAAUAAGACCCUGAUCCCUUUUCAGAGGAUUGUUGCUAUGGAAGCACUGGUUGAGCGGUUGGAGCAGGCUGUGAUUCGUCUAGAGGCCGUGGCUGUAAAACUACAGAACUGUCCUGUGGGCUUGGUCAAUGGUGGCAUCACUAGCAUAAUGAAUGGAGGUGAAUCCCAGUGCAUGGAGGCAUUCGACCAUUUGCUAAAUGGGCCAGUGUCUGAAUACAUGAAGACCAGCGCAGCUAUUGGUGGAGAUGUGGCAAAGCAUGCAGAAAUGGUGAACAAUGCCCUGCAGGUCCAGCGUAUCUUCCUGAAAAUGGCAACCACACAUCAGGAGCCAUCAAAGACGGAGCUGACUGACCUCCUCAGGCCCCUCUCCGAACAGAUCCAAGAGGUCCAGAAUUUUCGGGAGAAGAACCGUGGCAGCAGCCUGUUCAACCACCUGUCUGCAGUGAGCGAGAGCAUUCCUGCACUGGGCUGGGUUGCUGUGUGCCAGAAGCCAGGGCCUUACGUGAAGGAGAUGAAUGAUGCUGCAAUAUUCUACACAAACAGAGUGCUGAAAGACUACAAAGACACUGACCCUCAUCAUGUCGAGUGGGUGCAUUCCUAUCUAAGUAUCUGGACUGAACUCCAGACCUACAUUAAAGAGCACCACACCACUGGACUCAUCUGGAACAAGACUGGUCCUGUAGCCCCUUCCUCUCUGUUCAGCACUCCUUCAGAUGGCCCUUGCCCUCCUCCACCACCAGGACCUCCUCCGACGUUCAUGGAGAACAGUCCUAAACCAAACAACACAGCAGCCCAACACAAUGCUCUGUUUGCUCAGCUCAACCAGGGAGAGGCCAUCAGUAAAGGUUUAAAGCACGUGUCUGAUGAGCAGAAGUCCCAUAAGAACCCGUCCCUUCGCUCUCAGGCAAGGACACACCAGGGAUCUCCAGCCAAAGGUCAGAACUCAAGCUCGUCUUUCUGUGCACCUGCCAAGAACCACUCCCCGGUGCUGGAACUUGAAGGAAAGAAGUGGAGGGUGGAGUACCAAGAACAGGCUCAUGAUCUAGUGAUAGAAGAGACAGAGCUCAAACAGGUGGUUUAUGUCUUUGGCUGUAGCAGUUCCACACUCCAGAUCAAAGGCAAAGUCAACUCCAUCAUAGUGGAUAACUGUAAGAAGCUUGGACUUGUGUUUGACAGUGUGGUGGGCAUUGUUGAAAUCAUCAACUCCAGAGACAUUCAACUUCAGGUUUUGGGGAAAGUUCCUACCAUUUCCAUUAACACAACUGAGGGUUGCCAUGUCUACUUGAGCAAGGAUUCACUUAACUGUGAGAUUGUCAGUGCCAAGAGCUCUGAAAUGAACAUCCUGGUUCCUGAGGGAGAAGAUGACUAUAGGGAGUUUCCAGUUCCAGAACAGUUUAAAACGGUUUGGGAUGGGUCCAGCUUGGUGACAGAGCCCACAAAAAUGGCUGGUUGAUUCCUCACCUUUUCCAGCAUAUCGUCUCUUUCCUCCUACUCAGAACUCUUCAUGCACUUUCACUGUAUCACUUAGCUAAGACGUAAGAACUCAGUAUUAACUCAUGCAUUGUGGUUGUUAGAGUUGUAGUUUUAGGAUCAGUGCCCGAUUGCAUAAAGUACCUUAAGUGUAAUUUUCCCUUAAGAACACCCUAAAGAUUCCCUUGAAUUUAAAGGAGUUGCAGAAAAUAACCGUUACGUGUUACGUUUACUUAAGAAUGCCCUUAAAACAUGUUAAGUGUUGCAUAAAGCCCCUUAAGGUUGGGAAAACUUCACCGUUAAGAGUUACAAGGUUUCUGAAAAAACAAGAUGGCUUAGUUUAUAGAACCAAUUGAAGAGUACAGCAGGUCAAGGCAAUUUUUUUUAAGCUAGAAUAACUACUGCAGGAGUACAUAUUUGGUAAUCAUGUAUUAUGAGAAGUUUCCAACAAGCUAGAGGGCGAUCUAAUAGGAACACACGCAGAUAAUUGUGCCUCUCUGCAUCUUUACAAACUGUAUAAACGGAUGCAUUAAAAUCAUGUCGCAAUUUAAUUUGAGAUAUAUCGCAAAUAUGUAUAUAGGCUGUAUAUCUUACAGUUUUACUGACCACCAAUAAUAUUCUUAAUUUCAAUCAGUUGCAAUUUCUGCACAGUUAUACAAACAUCUAACAUCUGUACCUGGCACAGUCAUUCAAAUUCAAAGGUGUGUUCCUCAGGAGGGUGCUUACUGGCCGUAAAAGCAGAAUCCUUCAUUAAUUGGUCCACAUGCAAAACUCAGGAUAUUUUUUUUACUUAAACUGGAAAGAUUUGAACACAAAAAAGUGUUUGAAUCUAUCAGUUUCGAGGAUUGUACAUCAUACAAAUGGAAAUCCGCCUCAGUGUUUCCUCCAGAAAUUAGUUGAAAAAUAUGUAUGCCGUAAUCACAAACGACUGUAAAGUGCUGAGAACAGUUGUCAUGUGACAACACUCCCCUCGUGCAUUUAUUUUCCGCUUCAGAAGAGGUCGUACAAUAACUUACACAUUAGUGAUACUGAGAAAGUUUAAUAGACAUUUAAAUGAAAAUAAAAUCAUAGUAUAAAGUUAAAGUAUUUUCUAUGUGGUAAAAUUUCCCAAAUGUUGGUCGUGAUAUUUCCGAUCUUCUGAAAGUUGGUAGGGACAUCUUGUAUCCAUGGUAACAGUAGAAUUUGAUUAUGGUAAAACCUGACUCACUGUAGUAAAACCCUUAACGGUUUCCCUUAGCUAAGAGAAGUGUGAAGGGGAUUAUAUGCAACACCCUUAGGUAAGGGAAAGUCAAACUUUAAGUGUUGUACUUAAGGGAAAAACUUAAGGUCUUUUAUGCAACCGGGCACAGAUCAUUAGGAUAAAGAGCAAAAUAUUUACAAAUUCUGUUUUCCACACACCAAUUUUGAAACCUUUUUACAAAUCUCCAGACUUAGAUAAUUUUCACCUUUUUAUUGUGCAGAAUCAUGGCAUGAUAAUUUGUUAAUAUGUAACUUGUUUGUCGUCAACACAAAGUGAUCUGUAACGUCAAAGUUAUAUGUCAAUAAGUAACUUUUAAGAAAUACAUUUCUUAAAGGAAUAUUUCGGGUUCAGUACAAGUUAAGCUCAGUCGACAGCAUUUGUUGCAUAAUUUUGAUUACCACAAAAAUGUGUAUCGACUCAUCCCUCCUUUUCUUUAAAAAAAACAAAAAUCGAGGUUACAAUGAGGUAGAGGUCUGCAUUCCUUCAGAACUCCCAUUGGAUUUCUUGUGGCGUUGAAAAAUCUCCAAGUUGAAGGCGGAAUUGGACGGUACCUCCGUGAGAUGUGGACGGGAGCGGGCGGUCAGAGAAUAGCCUGAAAAAUAUGAUAUGGAUCUCUUUUUUUUAUUUUAUUAAUUAAUUAAUUAAUUAAUGCAAUGUAAAAUAAAUGUGUAAACAGCUUGUGCAUUAAAUUAUCCAACAUAUAGAGCAGGCAGGUAUAAAACUGGGCUUUAAAAGAAUGGCAGAGCAAACCGCACACUGUGUCGUCAAAGGAUGUGAAACUAGGACUACAAAAUAUUCAAUUUAGUGUUAAGAAACCAACUUCAGGCAUUCAAAUUUGUGUCAUAUUUACACGUUAUCUGAUAAUAGCAAUGACAGAAAAAUAAAACGUUCUUUGUGUACACUUGUCUAUUUCUAUGGCUUUUGCUCUAUGUGGAAAACAGUUGUGGAAAUGAGAGAUGUCGGGAAGAAAAUGAGGGCAGAGAGCAGGUGAACCUGGAGUCAAAUUCAGCGGGAGCGUUCGGGAGCGGGAUGGAAAAAACAGUCCCGCGCAGACCUCUACAUUGAGGCACAUACAAUGGAAGUGAACGGGGCUACGUUUUUUUGAGGGCUUAAAGGCAGAAAUGUGAUGCUUAGAAUUUGAUAAAAGCACCUACAUUAAUUUUCUGUAAAAAAAAAAAAAAAUGCAUUAUUUAAGCUUUAAAGUUGUUAACUAUUUUUUUUAUUAAUAACUACUGUCUUGACGAACACAAAAUAGGUAUUGUUUUAAAGCUUAGAAGCUUACAAUGCAUUUAGGAAUUAUGACAAAAACUCAACAAGUUCUUUGAAAUUUGCAGACAAAUCAGAACUGUUCCGUUUUGAUCAUUUAUUAAUAAUUGUGCACUGCACAAAUUAUUGUAAUUGGUAAAAACAUCAAACUGAUCAUAUAACCAUGUGUCAUAUGUUGUUUGAAAGUUCUCAAAGAGUAGAAUACAGCCAGAUAAUCCACAUGAAGCACAAUGUACACACAGCACAUAAUAUAAUAUUUGGCUAAAAACACGUUCGCUUUCCUGGAUCAGAUUUCUUUAUCAGAAAUUAUGUAGUACGUUGUCCAGCGUCAUGGAACACUAAACCAAUUUUAUUAGGAUUCAGAUCACUGCAAUCAGAGAUAGAAGUCAUCCAAAUAUGGGCAGAGAGGAUUGUUCACCCUAAUUACAUAUGGCCACCAGGAGAUGGUACCAAAUACGUGGCACAGACUCAGUGAUGUCUUAAAUGACACAAAAUGGAACUGAAUGAGAUCUCAUUACUCAUGCCUGCAUCCUUUGGAGAGAGAGCAUACCUUUAGUCAUUGUUGUACAAUUAUUAUGUUUUAUUUGUUUCUGAGAGGCUUUUGGACACUUGGGGAUGUUUUUGGACACUAGGAUAAAUUAUUUUGGAAUGCUGUUACUUUUGAUUGCUUUGUCGUAUUAACACACAAUUUACUCAGUUACAGGUAACAUGAUUCGAAAUUAAACAAAAGCUGUUUUUCUGAUGUACCUUAUUUACACCCUGAAAUAUAUAAUGUUAAAUCAGAAAAAUAAGAACAAAAAAACUUUGCUCAAAAAAAGGUUAGUAUGUGAUUUUAUUACACUAAAAUCAUGUUAACAAGCAUAUUGUUUAUGUCUUGUGGCUAUACUUUUGAAACAGUAUUUUAACAUUUACAAAUUGGCCCCAUUUACUUCCAUUGUAAUUCACACACUGUAACCCAGAUUUUUUCGUUUUAUUUAAGAAAAAAAAGGGACAAAUCUAAAUGAUUUGUUGUAGUAAUCAACAUUAUGCCACAAAUGCUGUUGAUUGAGCUUCACUACUGAACCUGAAAUAUACCUUUAAAUUGUUGUUCAUUUAACUGUCUGGAGUUUUUGGUCUUUGACAUUAAAGACUACUUUCUGUUGAUUGCAUAAAAUAUCAGUUAAAUAAAUCAUAGUUCUUUGUAGUAAAACAAUUGAAAUUUGAUCCAAAAGCAAUAAAUAUUUGUAAUUGAAGGCCCUAUAUUUCCAAAUGAACCCAUUAGCUUUUUGAUAGUGACUGUUUUCUCAAACUUAGAUUAAGCAUUGUUUCAGAUUUAAUGGAAUUACAAAAGUGAUUCUCCGGUAGAGAGGUUAUCUCUGUUUAGGGAAACCAGUCCAUUCUGUUUUGAGUUGUUAGAUUUCACAUUUCCUAAUCUCAACAGACCCCAGUUUUAGUUCAUAGCAUUUAUUAUUUUGCAAUAAAGCAUGCUUAUGUUUUGAAGUAAAUUCAAUUACAUGGUAAACUUCAGAGAUAAAUCAAUGGAUUAUUGAGAGUCAAGGCGCUUCUUAUAAGUGUGAUAACUGGUCUUUGUUCGUCAAAUGAAUGAGUGCCUUUGGGGAUUUUUCUUUUUUUUUUUUAAUAAGAUUUUAUAUUAUCUUAAUUUAGUUUAAAAACUAGAAUGCUUAAUUUUGUCUCUUUGCAACUGCCCAUUUCUGAAAUGUCCUCCUGUUAGUCGCAAAGGUUUAUAUUGACUGGCAUCCCAGAUGUCAUUCAACACCAUCAGGUUGGUAAUAACAUGUGUAUGUGCCAUGUUAAAACAUAACAAAAAGUAAAAUUUAGUGGGUGAAACCUGGAAAUGAAAUUUUCAUCGUUUACUAUACUGUUUGUAUUCUCACUUUCACAUCUGUCUGUAAAUGUUCAUCAUGCUUUAAGUGUUCUUGAACAUGUACUUUAGCUCAUUUUGAAUGUAUGCCAACAGGUGUUAAAUUGUAGCACUCUUUAGUACUUAAAAGGGAAUAAUUGUUACAUUUGUUUGGUCAGUGAACAGUCUACAGUACAUUUAACUAAACAUUUCUGUAAUGCAGUUUAGCAAUUAUAAAUACAAAGUAAAAUUUGUGUACACUGUAUUAAAUUGCACACCUUAAAUUGUACUUUACCAUUACCAAAGUAUGCUGACGUUACCAUAUAUUCUAUCAAAUAAAGAAAUU